AUGGCUGCAUACACUGAGGCUCGCCAGACCACCAACCCGGUGUCCCUCAGCCGACGACGCUGGUACCGUAAACACUUCUAUGACCACCCUGGCUACAUCGACAAUGAUGCGAAGGCCCUUCAUGGCGAUAAGGUUAAGGUUUGGUGCAAACCUUGCUUUCAGCAUCGUGUUACAAAGGAACAGCGCGAGGAUUCCCUUCGUGGUAUGCCUCCUAUUGUAUGUUCUUUAGUAUGGGACCUACCGAGCACUGCUCCGCAUCGAUGGAUCACCGCAACAACCCCAGCCAUGCUCGUUCAUCUGCGGGACUGUGACUUGACUCCGGACGAUGUCCGGCAGCAAGCAGGGCAGGAGCACGAGAGGGAGCAUCUGUCUCCCCGCCGUGAGAAGGGAAAGGCCAGAGCCCAGCUACCUGGUCCGUACAUUACCCAACCUAUUCCGUUCCCCCUUGCGCCUGGUACAGUGCAGUCAGGGCCUUCUCUUGCGAUGGGUGUCUACCGAGCACGAGCUCAGACCGAAUGCUGUCAGAAGCUCGGAACGGUACAGUGCGAUGGUUUCAAUCCGAAGAACCGGCACCAUAUCAUUGCGUUCAUGCUGACUAUACCGGACAAGAACACACGAGUGUACACUGUCCGCACUUAUGACACAUCUAGUGAACCAAAGACAGCCAAAAACCUCCUAAAGAUGCUUCGAGAGGUUCUUAAGCUUUUACGGGACGAGUGGCAGGUUUCUGUUAUUGCUGUCACCUCAGACUGCAGUGGAGAGUCCCGUAAAGCCCGUGUCGAGAUCGUGAAGGAGCUCCCACAUCUUAUAGCACCUGAUUGUUAUGCUCACCAGGCAAGCUAUAUUGAACUGGUUGUUCAUGACUACUUCAAGAACGUACAACUCAACUUACCGACACAUCGUCCUGGCGACUCCCCAUUAUCGGUCAUCCGAGGUGUUCUCACUCGCUGGACUUCCAUCUAUCUUGCCUAUCGGCGACUCCUCCAACUCCGCACUGCUCUGAUGGUUUUCAUUGAGGAUCGGUUCUACGCGCCUAGUCGCCGCGACAAUCGGCGUAUCUUCGAGUCAGGCACUUUAGAGAGCCAUGCGAAGACAAGAGAGAUGAUUGAGGAGUUGAAGAAGCCUCUGCUAUGGCAUCAUCUCAGCCGUGUCAAGCGGCACCUCGAACCACUCGCUAUAGCUGCAAAUGUUACCCAGGCCAAUGACUGCCGACUUGACCAAGUCCUUCUCACUUUUGGGUUCAUCUAUAAUUUCUUCACAUCACUCACAGAUCUGGAGGACAAUCCUUUCCACGCUGCUGUCUGCAAAAGCCUCGAGAUGCGCUGGGCCAAGGCGGAUCAAGAUGUAUUUAUCGCUGCAGUGGUUCUGAACCCAUGGAUCAAGAUGCGCCCCUUUCGACCCAACAUGCAGCUCUUUACUGAAGCGGCAUUUCAUGUUGUCCUGACUCGUCUUUGGAAACGCUUCUACCCUGACGAGCCGGUACCAACAUCACUCUUUACAGAGAUCCAAGAAUACUUCGACAGCACCGGCAACUUUGAGUCCUUGCGCACAACAAUGGAUGCUAUUGAGAGCCAGGCUCGUGAUCGUAACACAGAUCCCAAUCCUGCAAAUGUAUGGCGCUCCUUCAACCACCCCGAUCUUCCCAUUCCGGCUCUGAAUCGUAUCGCAAUUCACAUCCUGUCGAUCUGCCCCAAUUCUGCAAAUUGCGAACGACUUUUCAGCACACUCGGAUUGAUCAUGACCGACCUUCGAUCACGGCUUGGUCUGCCUACCCUUAUGAACCUUGCAGAGCUCCGUCUACAUUUGCGAGACGAGAACAUUCGUAAUAACAUCAAGGUACGCCUUAAGCGUCACUUCGGAGAUCGAGCAAUGGUUCCGCUAGUGCAAAAAUCGGCGGAAAGUGAGGCUAUUGCUGGAUGUCCGUCCACAGAACGCUCGACAACGCAUACAGGCUCUCAGGGAGGUACUCCAUCCCAAGGAGCCUUCUGUGACCUUGUUAGGCAGCAUCAGUGCGAGGACACCGAUGCAAACGAUGACACAAUCUUCCCUUCCGUCAUCAAAAUCAAGCUCGAAUCUCUCUUCGAUUUUUCGCUCUCAUACUGGCAAAAACGGAGAGGAGAGUCUGACAUGACAGCAACGCUUGAUGAGGAGCUCGAGGUAUGGAACAUCUUGGACAUGGAUGCUGAUGGAGAGCCUGCCAUGAACGAUUUGGGGACGAUUGAUGGCGCAGGGAGAGAACAACCAGAUCCAUUCACUAGUGCUGUACUUGGAAUAUGA